AUGGCAUGGCCCGGCAGGAUGCUGGGCUACCUGGCGGGCGUCUUCGCCCACAUCGUGCGCUGCCUGUGCGGGCGCCGGCCGCCGAUCGACGACUCCGAGCGCGAGGAGCUGCUGGUUGGGGAGGGCGGCGCGGUCGGCGCGGGCCGGCGGCAGACGGUGGUGGUGAUGCGCCACGGGCACAGGAUCGACGAGAGCGACGAGGGGUGGGUGGGGCGGGCUGAGCGCCCGUGGGACCCGCCGCUGAGCCCCGAAGGAGUGGCGCAGGCUCGGGAAGUGGCGGCCUCGCUCCGGGGCCUGCAAUUCGACUAUGUGGUCUCGUCGCCCUUCCAGAGGUGCCUGCAGACCAGUGCUCAGAUUUUGCCACAGCUGGGCCUGUCACUGGACCAGCUGCUCAUCAACUGCCAAAUAGGAGAGGUAUUCAGUCCUAGGGUUAUGAAUGGUGGAUUUUCGGGCCUCCCAAAGGGCCCCCUUGAGAACUGGAUGUGGCAAGGAGAGGCAGUGUCCGAUGUCGUCCAGAAAUUUGUGAAAUCAGAGCCUGCACUGGAGGGCAUUUCUGGCAGCCCAGUGAUCCUGCCGCUUCGGCUGCCCACCCAAUUUGAGACCAUUGGGGAGGGACACAAGAGAUAUGCAAGGGAGCUAGAGUGUAUCCGGGUGGCCGUGAACUCUGUGCUACCAAACGUUACUGUCUACGAGAGCCGCCACACAGGGUUCGUGACCAAGUUUCGGUCGCAGGGCAGGCGGGCCCCCAGGGCCUCGCGUGAGGCCCGCGCAGGCAGCGCCACCUGGAGCGACUGGGAGCUCGUCACGAAGUCAGGGACGAGCGGCGUCUCCUGGCUAACGUAA